AUGGCGAGCACGCUGCAGAAAGAAUUAAAAGAAAUCCCAAACGACUCCGGCGAUCGCUCUAAUAUCCUUCACAAACUCGGCGUUGUCCUUCGCGACAGGUCCAGGUUGACUGGUUCGUUCGAAGACUUCAAAACCGCCACGAGCUAUUUCCAAGAAGCCGUGGAGUCAAUGCCCGUCAGUCAUCCGGAUCGCAAAAGAAGAUUAUGCAAUCUGGCGAUGCAACGGUUCGAUAUCUACUAUAAAACAACCAUCCCAACGACUGAAGAAGAAGUCGCAGCGAUCUCUGCUUUGCAAGCAGCUGUGGACGCUACAUUGCCACAAGACCCUGAUCGAGCGGUAAUGCUAAACAAUUUGGGCCUUGUACUGCUUCAACGUGGGAGGGCGUCUGAUUCGCCUCAUGACUUAAGAAAAGCCGUUCAAAAGCUCCAAGAAGCGGUCGACGCUACACCCGCAAACCACCAUGAUCAUGAUGAACGUUCUGAGCUGCUAGACAUGCUUGGCAAUUUACUUCUUGAUGAAUACAAGAAGACAAGGACGAUCGACGAUCUUGAUGGGGCUAUAAAAGGCUUCAGAGACGCGGUUGAAGCAACGCCAAUGGCGCAUAGUGACCGACCAAGAAGACUAAGCAAUUUGGGCGUGUGGCUGAGCGAGAAAUACUCGUUGACAAGCAAGCCAAAGGACUUGGAAGAAGCCAUUAUUCUCAGUCAACAAGCUGUAGAUACGACUCCGCUUCAAUCUUCUCUUCGAGCAGAAGUUUUGAGCAAUCUGGGUAUUCGCCUCAGUGAGAGAUACCGUCAAGCAGGACACCAGGAUGACCUGAACGAGGCUAUUCGCCAUCUUCGCGACGCUACCUCUACAUGUACCCCACCAUCAAAAGAUCUCGAUCGGGCCGGUCUUUACACCAACCUGGGCCUUUUGUUAUAUCACAAGUACAACACAACACAAGAGAUGGAUCAUCUUGAUCAAGCUAUUGAUUGUUGCCAAAAGGCUGUGGAUGUCACACCAGACGGUGCAAAGGUACGGGCUAAAGUACUGACCCAUCUUGGUAUAAUGCUCGGCGCCAGAUAUAAAAGAACCGAAGUGCCACAGGAUCUGGAAGAUGCUAUAUCGCGUAGCCUACAGGCCGUGGAGGAGAAAUCCGAUCAUCCAGACACAGCAGCCUGCUUGAAUAACUUAGCCCUUCAUCUCGGCACGAAAUAUGACAAAACAAGAAACUUUGGUAUCCUGGAGGAAACAAUCAGGUAUCAUAAGAAAGCUAUGGAAGGAACGCCACAAGAUCAUUCGGAUUACGCCAUAUGGGCUAAUAAUUUGGGCAUGCGGCUGGCUGAAUUGUAUGAGAGAACCCAGUCAGAAGAAGAUCUCGAGAGCGCUGUGAGCAACCUCACCGAAGCAGUGACCAUGAAUGCCGGACUUCCUAUCGAAAGGAUCAUGGCGGCUCGCAGCCUGGGUGCAGCAAUGAUAGACAAAUCAAGAUGGGUCGAAGCAUUAGACACGUACAAUAUUGCAUUCCAAGUGCUUCAAACGCUACAUCUGCGAGCUCUUCCCCGUACGGACCAGCAGUGGAUCCUCGGCAACUUGUCCGGACUCUCAUCCAACGCAGCGUCCUGCAUCCUCCAAGUGAAGCGUCCGGCUUCGGAAGCGCUUCAGUUUCUCGAAGCCAGUCGCUGUGUUAUAGCAGGCUUUGCCAUAAAUUCCCGGACUGAUGUCACCGAGCUAAGAGCCAAGGAUCAAGACCUCUGCAACAAAUAUGAGAGCUGCCGCGAUGUCAUCUCGCGCUGGGAAAGAUACCAAGAGGCCAUCCCCGAUGGCUUGAAUAAAAUGAAUUCGCAAGACUCAGUAUCUCUCCCUGAAAAACUGAAAGAACUCGGUGACAUCGAGAAGAGAAUACGUCAAAUUCCGGGACUACAGCGCUUUCAGUUACCAUUGUCCUCUCAGGAAAUGAUGGAUCUAGCGAAACGAGGCCCAAUCAUCACACUUAACGUAUCUAAAAUACGUAGUGAUGCCAUCAUUGUAACUUCAACUGAUAUAUGGCCAAUUCAUCUCCCAGGUCUACAUCAAGACAGGGUAGACAAAAUAAGUGCUGUCUUCUUAGGCGCCCGACCAAGGUCUUUUCGUGAUACAGCAGUGAUGUCGACUGGUGAUACGACAUGGAUAUCUGAAAAAGAACGUCUACAAGAAGAUCUUCUAUGGCUUUGGAAGUGUUGUGUCUGUCCGGUAUUAGAUGAAGUCGACGACUUGAAGCCGAAGCGAGUGUGGUGGAGUGCCGGCGGGAGCGCCGGACGGUUGCCGUUUCACGCAGCUGGUGAUCACUCACGAAACUCAAACUCAAACACCAUCUCUCGAGUUGUUUCUUCGUAUACGUCGACCUUGAAAGCACUCAAGUAUUCCAUGGAAAUGCCUGGAUCCAAAGCAUCUACUGGGCGGAUGCUUCUCAUUGAUAUGCCCGAAACGCCUGGCUAUGAUGACCUAAACACCACACAUGAGGUUGCGGUUAUCACUAGUCAAUUUGGUCAUCGAGUCACUCACUUGAAGAGCUGCAGCAAGUCAGACGUCAUAGCUAAUCUAAGCAACAGCAAGUUUGUGCAUUUUGCCUGUCACGGAACCUCGGAUCCUCAUGAUCCUUCGGAGAGCGGCCUGGUCUUACUCGAGGAAGACGCGCCAGCUCUUCUGACAAUCGGUGAGCUCGACCGAAUUAACAUGCAGAACGCCGAAAUUGCAUAUCUUUCCGCAUGCUCUACCGCUGAGCUCUCCGUAGGAGAACUCCUAGACGAGGCUAUUCAUAUAUCGAACAGCUUUCAGAUGCUCGGGUUUAAGCACGUAGUUGGAACAAUGUGGAGCGCUGAUGACCAUGCUGCUGGCGUGGUAGCAAGGCAAUUUUACACGCAACUCCUUGGGGGCGAUGAAGAGGAUCAAGACGAACAUCAAGUUGCCCAGGUUCUGCACCGUGCAGUUUGCAAUUUUAGAAAGAAGGCUGGAGUAAGAGAGGACAUAUUGCUAUGGGGGUCUUUUAUUCAUAUAGGAGCUUAG